AUGGCGCUCUUUGGACGCCAAUUAAAUGCAGCCGUCCGACGUUUCGCGAGCGCUGCACCAAGCUCGGAUGGUCACGAAUCUUUUAAGUGCAGUGAUCUGAAAGUCAUUCACGCGAGUGGAUCUCAAUUGCGCCCAAAACCUGGACCAGGAGCAGUGCUGAAAUUCGGCCACACUUUUUCUGAUCACAUGUUCGAGGUGGACUACUGCGAGACGAAUGGAUGGGGAAAGCCAGUCAUAUCACCUUUACAUGAUUUCGUUAUUCAUCCGGCUGCAAAGGUGACCACUAAAUUUUCGAAAACUCUGUAUUGCACGACGUAG